UUAAGCUAUCCACCACACCAUAGGAGUAUACAUUUUGGGUUAGCAGCUAGCUAGUCAUAGUGACCAGCAGCGGCAGGGAGGGAGGGACAGAGAUGUGGAGGCUCAAGGUCUCCGAGGGCGGCGGGCCGUGGUUGCGGUCGGUGAACAACUUCCUUGGCAGGGCAGUGUGGGAGUUCGACCCCGACCACGGCACGCCGGAGGAGCGCGCCGAGGUUGAUAGAGUCCGCCGGGACUUCACCCAGCGCCGCUUCCACAAGAGGGAGUCACAGGAUCUUCUUAUGCGCAUGCAGUAUGCAAAAGAAAAGCACCUUCAGGGUCAGGUGGAUCUUCCGGCCAUCAAGCUUGUAGAUAUUGCACAAGUCACAGAAGAGACUGUAUUAACAUCAUUGAGGCGAGCCCUUAGUCAACACUCUGCUCUGCAAGCACACGAUGGGCAUUGGCCUGGCGAUUACAGUGGAAUUAUGUUCAUUAUGCCCAUCUUGAUAUUUGCUCUACAUGUUACUGGAACACUCAAUACCGUCCUUUCAAGAGAACAUCGGCGUGAGAUUUGUCGCUAUAUUUACAACCAUCAGAAUGAAGAUGGUGGUUGGGGCACACAAGUGUUGGGCCCGAGCACCAUGUUUGGAUCAUGCUUAAACUAUGUUACCUUGAGGCUUCUUGAUGAGGUGGACAAUGAAGCCUUGAUCAAGGGGCGUGCUUGGAUUCUAUUGCAUGGAAGUGCCGCUGCAAUACCACAAUGGGGAAAGAUAUGGCUCUCGGUGGUCGGUCUGUAUGAAUGGUCUGGAAAUAAUUCGAUCAUUCCUGAACUAUGGCUUGUCCCACAUUUUCUUCCAAUUCAUCCAGGACGAUUCUGGUGCUUUUGUCGGUUAAUGUAUAUGCCAAUGUCUUAUCUUUAUGGUAAAAAAUUUGUUGGCCCAAUUACACCAACAAUAUGGGCAAUAAGAGAGGAGCUCUAUAGCAUACCAUACCAUGAGGUCGAUUGGAAUAAAGCACGUGAUACUUGUGCCAAGGAAGACCUUCGCUAUCCACGGUCAUUGCUACAAAACGUUAUUUGGACAUGUCUUACUAAAUUUGUAGAACCAGUGUUGAAUAGUUGGCCGGUUAACAAGUUAAGAGAUAAAGCAUUGAAAAACCUCAUGAAACAUAUCCACUAUGAAGAUGAAAGUACAAAAUAUAUCGAUAUAUGUCCGAUUAACAAGGCACUACAUAUGAUUUGUUGUUGGGUCGACGAUCCAAAUUCAGAUGCUUUGAAGUUACAUAUUCCAAGGAUCUAUGAUUAUUUAUGGCUGGCAGAAGAUGGCAUGAAAGCACAGGUAUAUGAUGGUUGUCAAAGUUGGGAGACAUCUUUUAUUGUCCAAGCAUAUUACUCAACAAACCUUAUUAAUGAGUACGGUCCAACACUUCAGAAAGCCCAUGAAUUUAUUCAAAAUUCACAGGUUCUUGAGAACCAUCCUGACAGCCAAGCUUAUUACCGCCAUAGAUCCAAAGGUUCAUGGACACUUUCAACAGCAGAUAAUGGUUGGUCCGUAUCGGAUUGUACUGCAGAAGCACUUAAGGCAUUAUUGUUGUUGUCAAAGAUCUCGCCUAAUCUGGUGGGGGGUCCAAUAAAAGGAGAAAGGUUGUAUGAUGCAGUGGAUUGCUUAAUUUCUUUCAUGGUAUGACUCUAACUUGAAUAUUGUUUCAUGUCCUCAUAUUUAAUUUUCUCAAUUUUUUGAGGUACUUUGUCUAAAUGACAAAUAAUCCAAUCCACAUGUAUCAUCUCGUCUAUCGUCAUGCCUAUAGCUAAAGGCGUUGCAUGGUCCUCUCUAGAGAGUCAAGGUUAACAUGAAAAACGUACCAAAGAUACAUCUAAAGUUCAAAAUCAUAGAAAUGCAGUGUCACCAGUAGAUAGUACCCCCGAUGGCAAUAAAUGUGUGUGAGUAGUGUAGAUCAUAAUUUAUAGCUAAUGACUAAACUAUAUUGUGGUUCACCAAAAUAAUGCGGGGGAUGGGGCAUCAUUUGGAUCACUGUGCUUUGAAAUUGUUGAUUUGGGUCCUUGGAGUACAUUAAGCGAGUUACCUAAUGUCCUGACCAAUCAUAAAUAUGCAAGCAUGCUCACAUGGCGUUCAAUUUCUUGAAACCCCGUUUACAAAAGAGGGAAACGUUGGCAACAAUAGAGAUGGGCUCUGUUUUACUAUCCAUUGCUGAUGACUAGGGUAUCUUACCAAUUUACGUGAGAUCUCAAAUUGUGAGGAGCGGUGGGAAAUAUAUAUGAACUCACCCGUCAUGUAUAGCCUCCUCCAAGUCUUACGAUGUAGGCCAUGAAUAUUAUUAUUAAUAUUGCAUUUUUUUGGUCUUGAACUUGAGACCUCUUAGCUCUAGUGGUGGUGCCAGAGGUUAAGAACUAUGGGUUCAAAUGCUCUAAAAUCUCCCAAAAACAUCAUAACUUGUGGCAAAUAUGAAUAAGAUUUUGUUUGUUAUAGAUAAAUAUAAGGUGCGAGCUGAACCUACAACUAACAGAUAGAAUUGCCAUUUCAUGGCUCUAGCACCAUAUUGAAUGGCAUA